AUGCAUGGCGGCUCCAGCUGCCCCAGCCCCAGUCUGCUCCACCAUCGGGCGAGCUGGUGCACACCUUCCCCCUCCUCCUGUUACCGUCCGUCCUCUUUUCGGUCCCCCUCCCAGCCGUCCUCUUCCCGGUCGCCCUACCGUUUGUUCUCUUCCCGGUCCCCCUCCCACCCGCUCCUGCCCCAAUACCACCAAUCCCAGCCCCAGGCCCGCACUCUCUGGCAGAGAAUCAACCUGCUUAUACCAAUGGCAGUCGCCAUCACUAUGUUUAUGAGUGCAGCCUGCCUGGCUGUUGGGGCGUGGCAGGAGUAUGACCAUCCCACGGUUGCGGGUAGCGCCCUGACCAACUACGCCGGCCCAGGCCUCUGGGUAAUUGGCGCCUUUCUCUCGUUCCCCGGCCUUAUCGCCGCCUGA